AUGAGUGCUUUUCUCGGACAUACGGCUGUCGAAGCCGCGGCAGACGGCAUGGAGGGCGUGAGGCGACGAAGGACGCGGACGGUGUUCUCCCGGGCGACCGUGGAGAUCCUCGAGGCCGAGUUUGCUGCUAAUCGUUACCCUGAUGUCCGCUUGCGCGAGCAGCUUGCCCAGGAAGCGGAAGUCACGGAGGCAAGGGUGCAGGUCUGGUUCCAGAACCGGCGCGCGCGCGAAAACCGACGAAAGCGGCAGGUGGCGUUCCAGGAAACUUGCGAGGUAGCCGAACAGACGACAAAACGUCGCAGACGCAACACCGAGGAGGAGGUGCCACCGUCCGCAACGGACGUGCAACACCGAGUGACGUCAUCUACAAACGCCUCAAGCGAGAACGCCUCCAGCAAACAACAUUUAUACCAGCCCUGGAGCCAGGAAUCUGUAUGCCGUGUGACCUCAUCAUCCGCAUGUAGCCCUUACCCAACAAGCGAAUACCAGGGGCCUCCCUCUGCGGCAGACGACUUUCUGGAGAACACAGACGACAUCGUGGAGCGUUUGUUCCGGUUCAGCGCAGGUGGAAGACGCACGCACGCCAAAAUCCACAACAAGAUCGUGAUGCAGCCCUACUCCGACCUUUCGUCUUCUGUACUUGACCUCAGUGUGGCCGAGAGUCGAGGAUCAGACGACGAAGAACGCCUGACCGGACCUUGUGUCGUUGAAGAGGUGUGGAAGAAUGUGCUUCCAGAUAGCACGUGCAGUGAUUGGAACACUUCCUAUUGA